AUGGCUCCGACUCGUACUUCUCGUCGAGAGAAGUACCAUUAUUCAGAAGAGACGCUAAAGGCCCAGCUGCCGUGCACUCAUUGCGGCAAGUCAUUCAAAACGCAGGGCUUCAAGAAACAUGAGGCUAGCUGCAAGAAACGGAUCGAAAAUGAGCAGGAGCGACAUCGAUUCAACCAGGAGUAUGAGAAGGGGAAACAAAAUGCACGAAAGGCUCGCCGAAAGGCUGCAACCAGCGAGGCUGGCCCAUCGAAUGACAUUCAAGUUCACCAUGCCCCCAUCGACGAUCUCCAAGACUUCGACUAUAGCCAACUCGAGGAUGAACACGGGAAUCCAACUAGCCCCGUACUAUCCGAUGCCAGCAUGGCUAGCAACCCCACGGUUGUCCAGCCUCAUGCGGCAUCUGUGCAAAUGCCCAGCGAAUUCAAAACGGAGUAUCACCCUCGCUCUGCUCGUGCGACUCUCUACCAGAUGUUCGACGAAUUCGGUAUCACUCAGGAGAUGCAGCACGCACCCGUUGACGAGGAACCAUGGCGUCCUUUCAGGUCACGCGGGGACUUCGAAUUCUCUGAGAUUGCGCUUGAUGCUGCGCUAAAUAAGUCUCAAAUAAAUGCCCUCCUUGAACUCAUUUCGCGCAUCGCUCAAGGUCAAGCUCAAAUCACUCUGAAGAAUGAGACAGAUCUUUCGAGGGCAUGGGACAAUGCUGCGGCUGAAUUAACACCGUUUUCAAAGCACGAAGUCCCUGUGAUAUACAAGAGGAAGGAGCAAGAAUACGAGGUCCACACACGGCCUGUGUGGGAUUGGGCCCUCGAUCUACUGGACAACCCCCUGCUCGCACCGCAUUUCGUGUGGGAUGCCUGCCGUGUUUACAAGCACAACGGUACGGAUUUCGAACGCUUUUUCAAUGAACCUUGGACAGGAGAUCGGUGGUGGGAUAUUCAAUCUUCUCUUCCGCCCGACGUUGAAAACGCUGUCCCAUUCUGUUUCAUUCUCUACGCUGAUAAGUCGAAGCUGUCGUCUCAUGGUACCGUCAAAGGGUAUCCAGUUGUAGUCCGAUGCGCAAACUUACCUGUAGACAUCCGUAAUGGCGAGGGGUUUGGUGGUGGUCGUGUAGUUCGGAUGGUUGACCUAUUGUUCCUGACGAUGCAGCCGAAGAAGGAAAACUCGGAUACACAACUUUGA